UACUGGCCGAGAGAGCUAUCAGUACAGCUUUGGAUUCCGAGUCGAGAGCACACAGGAGAAUAGAAAAAAAAUCCCCACUUCAACAAGAUGCGUAUCGGAGCUACAAUUCCAAACUUCCAGGCGGACUCCACCAAGGGGCCGAUCGAUUUUUACGAAUUUAUCGGUGACUCUUGGUGCGUGCUGUUUUCACAUCCUGCCGAUUUCACGCCCGUUUGCACAACCGAACUCGGAAGGAUCGCGGUACAUAAGGAACAUUUUGAAAAGCGCAACGUGAAAGUUCUUGCACAUUCGGUCGAUGAUCUCAAGUGUCAUGUGGAUUGGGUUAACGAUAUUAAGUCGUACUGUCCGGACAUUAUCGGUAACUUUCCCUAUCCGAUCAUUGCCGAUCCGAGCCGAGAUUUGGCCGUCAGGUUUGGUAUGCUGGACGAGAAGGACAAGGACAACGUGGAGCUAGCCCACACGGUGCGUGCACUGUUCAUCAUUAGCCCCGAUAAGAAGGUCCGGUUGACGAUGCAUUAUCCAACGUCUACGGGGCGUAAUGUGGAUGAAAUUCUGCGCGUCAUCGAUUCACUACAGCUGACCGACCGUUUGAAGGUGAUCGCCACGCCCGCCAACUGGACGCCCGGAACAAAGGUCAUGAUACUGCCCAGUGUCAGCGAGGAGGAAGCGGACAAACUGUUCCCCAAUGGCAUCGAACGUGUCUCGAUGCCUUCCGGCAAUGUUUACGUACGUACGACGACCGAUUACGAGUAACUUGGUGAACUUUUGCUAAUCUUUUUAAUGUACUCACAAUAAAUGCGUGACAUAAUAAACGGCGAAUUUCAAACCUGCAA